UGUAUAAUAAUCGAGUCGUAGUGCCAGUUGCAUAUUUUCGUCACGGAACCGCGUGUGGAGCAAGUGUUCGCGAAAGAAACAAAGGAAUUUCGUUGUCCCAGCGUGAGCGUGAAGGUCGUUAACGACUCGUUCACACGUGCACGUGUUCAUCGUGAAUCGGACGACGAUCGUUCAACGAAACUUCUGCAGAUCAUCUAAACAUCGAAUCUCGGGCACAAAGAUCGAGAAGAAAAUCUUCGGUACGAAAUCUUCGGUUCGAGGUUUCCUGGAAGCACUCCGAAAAUGGACGAGUCUAAUUUGUCGGACUCGUUCGAGCUGCCGAUAUCGGAGGACGUCAGCACUCCGGCUCGAACAGGUCUGGCCCGUGCGGAGGGGAGCCCAUCUGUGGAGACGUUGGUGCAAAAAUUGAAGAGCCUGAACUUGUCCAAGGUGCCCAGAACGCCUGUCACCACUCCUGCGAAAAAGUUCCCGUUCGCGAAAUCUAACCCAGACUCGAUGAAGUCGUCCUUCACCGAGGACACAGAAAAAUCCUCAUCGUCGCUCAGUGGGAUCGAAAGGCUUAAACUCAUCUUGGAGAAACGUUUCCAUUUAAAUUUCUCGAGUCCAGAGAAAAUCAACAAGAGUCCCGUGACGAAAAAGUACAUGGACAACGAGACCCUCGGUGUGGUUCUCGAACACGUGAAUCAACCAGGUCGUGACCUGGACGCAGACGUCGAGGAACUGACCAGGAUGACACCUACGUUUAAUCGUUCCAUGGAUAGCUCCGUACAGGCCCAGGUCGGCUCACCUUAUCAGGAUCUGAACGUUUCCACGGAUUCGAACGAUGAUUCGCUGCUGGAACGCAGUAUACAUUUCAUCUCGACCUAUAACUGGAUAGUAAAGGGGGUCAAGAAUCACGUGAGAGAGAGGUCAAUGAAUCAUCGGGACGCGAGCAAGAUGAUUAGUGACGCUCUGGAACGGAGCUUCGACGAGAACUUGACCUCGGACCAAAAGGGCUUGGUCCUGGAGAGCUGUAUGCAGAAUAUCGAUGAAUUCGUGGGGGAGGAUGGAACCGCGGAAGACGACGAGGAGAUCGAGUGUAAUAAUAAUCAUGUCAAGAAGUCGGAGAAACCUGGUGUCAAUGACUCGGAACGAGCGAAGGGUGACACGGCUGCUGGGGGCUCUUCAGAGGAUACUCCAGAGGACUCUGGGAAAGUGAAUCUAAUUGAUGGUCGUGACGAAAAUGUCCUCUUUCCGCCAUCGCACAAGUUGACAGUGUCAGAGGUGUUCGACCCAGAAACGGAUCGGCCGCGGCCGGAAGUCUUGAAACAACACUUUAUCCUCGAAGGUAGGAUCGACGAGGCGGCGGCCCUUCGUAUAGUCAACGAUGGAGCCGCCCUCCUACGCUCGGAGAAGACUAUGAUCGAUAUCGAAGCUCCAGUCACCGUAUGCGGCGACAUUCACGGACAGUUCUACGACCUGAUGAAAUUGUUCGAAGUGGGCGGACCACCCUCCACGACGAAGUAUCUUUUUCUCGGCGAUUACGUAGACAGGGGUUAUUUCAGUAUCGAGUGCGUAUUGUACCUGUGGGCGCUGAAACUGUGCCAUCCAACCACACUCUUCCUCCUAAGAGGUAACCACGAGUGCCGUCAUCUCACGGAAUAUUUCACAUUUAAGCAAGAAUGUAAAAUAAAAUACUCGGAGAGGGUAUACGACGCGUGCAUGGACGCCUUUGACUGUCUGCCGCUCGCGGCCCUCAUGAACCAACAGUUCCUCUGCGUGCACGGCGGCCUGUCGCCGGAAAUUCACAAUUUAGAAGACAUACGCAAAUUGGACAGGUUCAAAGAGCCACCAGCGUUCGGGCCCAUGUGCGACCUACUCUGGUCCGACCCGCUCGAGGACUUCGGGAACGAGAAGAACGCGGAGCACUUCUCCCAUAAUAGCGUCAGGGGCUGUUCGUACUUUUACAGUUACGCGGCGUGCUGCGAUUUUCUGCAGAACAACAACCUCCUCAGCAUCAUCAGGGCACACGAGGCGCAGGAUGCAGGGUAUCGUAUGUACCGGAAAUCCCAGACGACGGGCUUCCCAUCGCUAAUUACCAUCUUCAGCGCGCCCAACUACCUCGACGUUUACAACAACAAGGCGGCCGUGCUGAAGUACGAGAACAACGUGAUGAACAUCAGGCAGUUCAACUGUUCACCACAUCCUUACUGGUUACCAAACUUCAUGGACGUGUUCACGUGGUCUUUGCCGUUUGUAGGUGAAAAAGUCACAGAGAUGUUGGUGAACGUGCUGAACAUCUGCUCGGACGACGAGCUGAUGAGCGACGGCGACGACGGGCCCGAAGAAGCCUCGCAACCCCUGACAUCCGCAAAUUUAACUCGCGAACGGUUGGGGGAGCGGAAACACGACGACACCGGGACGAUAUUUUCACGCGCUGCAGCGAAUCUACGCCGGGAGGUAAUCAAAAACAAGAUCAGAGCCAUUGGAAAGAUGGCGCGAGUCUUCUCCGUCCUGAGGGAGGAGAGCGAGAGCGUGUUACAGCUGAAGGGACUGACACCGACUGGAGCUUUACCGCUUGGCGCGUUGUCGGGUGGCAAGAGGUCUCUACACAACGCACUCCAAGGCUUCUCGCCGAACCACAAAAUCACCUCGUUCGCCGAGGCGAAGGGUCUCGACGCCAUAAACGAAAGGAUGCCGCCAAGAAAGGACGCCCCGCCCACGCCGGUGAACGAGGAGAAGCCCGUGAUAAAGCCGCCGGCUUCUGCGGGAGACAAGCGGGACCACAACACACCGCAACCGCAAUCGUGAGCCUCACACUCGUCCAAUCAAGGUGGCAAGGAUGGGUCGUAAGAUCCCAGCGCUGUCACCGCCACCGCUACCGAAAGAUCCAAACCAUUGCUCGUCUCUCCCCCCCGGUUGUUAUCGCUAGUGCACUGUUCGUCGAGUCAAGAGGAUGUCGUCGGGGCCGCGACGAGGAGGAAGAGGAGGAGAAGGAUCGUGAAGAGAAAGAGGACGACAGACACACUCGUCGACGUGGGAUCGAAGCG